AUGCGCCUCAUCAUCCGUGACGACGAGUCCGAGGCUUGCAAGUAUGUCGCCAACUAUGUUGUAGAGCGCAUCAAUGCGUUCCAACCUACUCCCGAACAUCCCUUCAUCCUGGGUCUUCCAACAGGCUCUAGUCCCAUUGGCGUGUACGAUAUGCUCGUACGUAAGUACAAGGCUGGAGAGGUCUCGUUUGAAAAUGUAGUCACCUUCAACAUGGACGAGUACGUCGGCCUUCCUCGAGACGACCCGAACUCAUACCACUCCUUCAUGUGGAAGCACUUCUUCUCUCAUGUAAACAUCCACCCUUCCAACGUUCACAUCCUCAAUGGCAACGCUGCCAGCCCAGAGGCCGAGUGCGAUGCCUAUGAGGAAGCUAUUAAAGCAGCCGGUGGUAUCGACCUAUUCCUGGCUGGUAUUGGUGAAGAUGGCCAUAUUGCUUUCAACGAACCUGGAUCAAGUCUUGCCAGCCGUACCAGGGUCAAAACAUUGGCUUAUGACACUAUCCUCUCUAACUCGCGCUUCUUUGGCAACGAUGUAAGCAGAGUACCAAGGAUGGCUUUGACAGUGGGUGUCCAGACUGUCCUCGAAGCGAGGGAGGUUGUUGUUAUCAUCUUAGGCGCUCGCAAGGCACUUGCCCUGCAAAAGUGUGUCGAGCAAGGCGUCAACCACAUGUGGUCACUGUCAUGCCUGCAACUGCAUCCCCAUCCCAUGAUUGUUGUUGAUGAGGACGCCACAUUGGAGCUUCAGGUCAAGACUGUCAAGUACUUUAAGAGUAUUGAGAAAGUUGCUCGUGAGCAGGGAUUUGAACAAAUUCUCCCCUCAAAAGUACGAACUGGCAAUGUCAUCAUCCCUGAAACCAAGAUCCAAAGAACUCAGAGCCCCACGAUUAUCGCUCCUGAGCCAAUUGCUUCCCACCUCUUGCGUGCGACGCCCGCUGGCGACUACACGAGCAGAACCCCUUCGCCGGAUCUGUUCCCCGAUCGAAUGGCUUCACGUAUCCCAGAACCGAAUCUGAACCGCAGACUUACACCCAACCUUGAAGUCCAGACCGACGUGCCCAAGACAAAGGUCGAAAUGAUUGAUAGCGCGGUUGCUUUGUCUCCAGAGUGCACAACGUCCGACCUACUUCGACCCAUCGCCGCGAAUAUCAAAACAAUGCGGUCUCCUUCCCCAGACCUGAUUCCGGACCGUAUGGCUUCACGUAUCCCCGAGCCUGAUCUUAACCGCAGGUUGACACCCAAGCCCGAACUUCAGAAUAGAACGAAUGCUGUUGGGGCCAAUUGA